GGCUGGUGGAGUUCUCUGGUGGGUAGGUGGGUUCAGGCCGAGGGGACUACGGGUCGGCGUUGGGCUCAGCGGGCUCGAAACAAAGGACUAUCCGGUGGGGACGCGGUGCGGCGCCUUCCGACCGGCAGCCGAGCUGCGGGACGAAGCUUUGCGGCCAACCAGUGCCCUCGCUGCACGGUCUCAGCCUGCUUGUUCUGGGUUCCCCCCAGCCGGCGCCGCCGUGGGGGGCCCGGCGCAGCGGCACCUGCUGCUGAGGGAGCCCGAGGCCCGCCCAAGGUGCUCAUGAUGGGGCUGAUCUUCGCUAAACUGUGGAGCCUCUUCUGUACCCAAGAACACAAAGUAAUUAUAGUGGGAUUGGAUAAUGCAGGGAAAACCACCAUUCUUUAUCAGUUUUUAAUGAAUGAAGUGGUCCAUACUUCUCCAACCAUAGGAAGCAAUGUUGAAGAGAUAGUUGUAAAGAAUACUCAUUUUCUUAUGUGGGAUAUUGGUGGUCAAGAGUCCCUGCGGUCAUCCUGGAACACAUAUUACUCAAACACAGAGUUCAUCAUUCUUGUUGUUGAUAGCAUUGACAGGGAACGGCUAGCUAUUACAAAAGAAGAAUUAUACAGAAUGUUGGCUCAUGAGGAUUUGCGGAAGGCUGCAGUCCUCAUCUUUGCAAAUAAACAGGAUAUGAAAGGGUGUAUGACGGCAGCUGAAAUCUCUAAAUACCUCACCCUUAGUUCAAUUAAGGAUCAUCCAUGGCACAUUCAGUCCUGCUGUGCUCUAACAGGAGAAGGGUUAUGCCAAGGUCUAGAGUGGAUGACCUCCCGGAUCGGUGUGAGAUAACUUUUUUGCUUGAAAGAGACUGCUCUAUUUAUUCUGUGACAUGAACAUUUUUUCCUAGUACCUUUGGCUGCUAAGGCAGCAGCAUGUUUAAUUUAUAACAACACAAACCUCUGAGCAACACUUGAAUCAAGUGCAGCUGAACUGGAACAUAAAAGAUUUUUUUCUUCACUUUUUUUUAAUGCACUAAUCUUCAGUUGGAUGAACAUAAUGUAUAACUAUGUUUUCAGCAACAGAAUUCUUCUGUUUAUUCUAAUUAUUCAGUGACUGCCUUGUAAGAAAUGUUUGUCAUAUGUUUAAUGUUUUCGGAAGUAUUGUUGUAACCUUAAUGACCAAUUUCUUUAAAUUCUUGACCACCAUUUCCUCCUGGUCAGGUAAUUGCUAGCUCAAUAGAAUAGUAGUGGAAGUCACCAGGUACUGCUUGCAAACUUCUCCAGCACUAACUAUUUGCUCCUUCUAUAAACCAUUUAUCUUUUGGACAGAACUUAUUAUAAAGAAAGAAAUCUACUUAGACUAAGGAAAUAUAUAAGGAAGAACAAACAUCAGGAGUACUCACCUUUAAACUUCUACACAUUAUUACAAGUUACGGAAUAAUUUUUUUAAGUCACCAUUAGCAUGGGAAUUAAAUAGGCUGUUUAUUUUUCUAAAGGAAUUCAAUUCAUUUUUCUGCCUUCCACAUCUGGUCAAACACUACUCAAGGUUAAAUAUUUAUUUGAAAGCCCAGCUUCAAUACUAUUGGAUAAAUUUGGUAUUUCAAGAAUGUCACAUUCAGUGCUAAAGCACUAAAAAUAAGACACUUGGAAAUAUAUUUUACUAUCAAUUUACCAACAACUUUAUUAUCAGUAAAAUUUCAACCUAUACUGUUUAUAAGAGAAAUCACAUCUACUUUGGGCAGCAGCUAAAGCCGAAGUAUGAAUAGUACUUUUUUUUUCUUAAAAUUUAAAAUGUGUCUGUCAUAGCAUUUUUAUCACCAGCAGUGUAUUACUUUAAAAAAACCAUGUGGCUUUCCUUGUCUCUAUUUUAAGAUGUUAUGUAAUAGAUUGGAAAUAAUUGCCAUCUUUGUAGGUAUGCCUUGAGCUCUAAGAUCUUACAGGAAACUGCUGAAUUUAAUCCUAGCUUUUCAAAUUCUACUAUGAGACUCAAAGUUGAUGUUCUUAACAAAUUAAGAAGCAAUUAAAAUGAAAAAGUCAUAGCCCAUCAAAAGUUUACUUGAUAGCGUUAAAAAGUUAUUUGAGGCAGUUGUAUAACAUGAACAAUAAACAGUGUAUACCUUAAAUUAAGAGGGGAGACAGGUCCUGUAAUUUCCAUCCUGCUUAUUCAGGUGGGUGAUUCUUGCUAAGGAAGGGGUAAAAUGCACACUUACAGAAUAGGGCUUCAUUUUUUGCAGUAUUUUUUACUUUGGAUUGAAAGUAAGAUUCAGUGUUCAUCACAGUAUCUGUUCAAAAGUGGUAGUUUGAUUUUAGUAUUUUUUAUUUGUAAGUUGAUUUAAAUUUUGCUCUGUUUUGAGUGUACUUGAUUUAUUAUAUUUAGUUAAUUUAGUCGGUAGCAUUUUUCCAGUUUCUCUUUAGUGGUAGCAUAGCCUCGAACUGAAAACUGGCCUGCGGAAAUUUUUCUGGACUUUCGGAAAUAGUUGUUUAACCUUGUUUUGAAUCUUUUUCUUAGUGAUUCUGUACCAAGUAGAGGGUAAGUUUAGUUCAGCUUUUAAUGUAACUCAUAAUCAAGAACAUAAGAGAAAAGCAGACAUAGUCAAUGUGGAUACUUUGUGGUGUGUAUGGAAGGGGUGAGGGGGGGGGAGGGGUGGAAUUGACAAAAUGCCGUUUACCUGAGCACACUUUGCCUGAAUUUCUAGUUGGUUAUAUUGUUUACCAUAAAUGCAGAGGAUAAGUCUCAUAAGUCUGUCCUGAGAAAAAGCAUAUUUAGUAUUCCUGUAUUUGUUCUCAUGAAAUGAUUAUCUGCCUUUUUGUAUCUAAGAAGAUUGGCUGACUCCGUUUUCUUCUAUCAAAUUAUAUGGUUAUUUUUUAUAUUACCACAUCAGCAUUAUAUUAUUGAAAGUGUUUUUAACAGUUGAUUGUAUUUUGUCAAAUAACUACUAGUAUAGACUCAAAUUUACUAUUUAGUUUUUAAAAUACAAUUUAUUUUAUUUUCUAUAUCUUUUUUAAAAAUAUUUUAUUAGUUUUGGAUUAGAAAUGAUUUAUGUUAGUUGUGUAGUGAAGAUAAAAUUGGCAUCCAGGAGAUUUUGUGCUGAUUGGGAAAAGUUCAAUUAGGAAAUUCAUGUAAGGCUUUUUAAAAGUAUUUUUUUAGGUUUUCAGUUCGAUCUUUCCUGUUACAGUACUAUGAAAACUGAUUAUCCUUUACUCCAAGAGAAUGUUUUUGACCCAAGCAAGUUAUCUAAUCCUAGAGCAGUGAUUCUGACAUUAUAAAUCAAGCAACUGUAAGAUAUUGUCUGUUGAAAGAUAAAUUUGUAAUUAGUGCCUUCGUUCCUAUUUUGAGAUAAGUUCUCAAUUUUUUACUCUGCCUGUGCUUCAGACAUCAUGAGUUGAGCAGUUUGGGUCUCACCUUCCCUGUCCACUGCGCUUGUCGCCCAGCAGAGUUUCCAGUAAGAGGGAAGCAAGGAGUCCAGCUCACAUCCCCUGCAGGAGACCAUUCUGCCUUUUAUUUUUAAUUUGAGGAUAAAGGAAGUAAAUUUUAACUGAAAUCUUUUUGUUACAACUAAAGUGGAAAACUAACCUGCAGUUCAAAUACGGAAUUUUUCUUAAUUUUGAACAUGUUAUGUUCUUCAUCUUCAAACCCCUCAUUCUCAUUGAAGCCCAUUUGAUAACUCUUUUAGAAUUAGCAGGCUCCUUUAUAAGGGAAUAUACUGUAUAUUUUUUAUUAAUGUAUUUUAAUUGCUUAAAACCUGGAAUAUUAAUAUAUAUAACCUAUUGAAAACUGAAGAUUAUGUAAUUUUUGCUUUUAGUUUCUUAUAUUAGUAUGCUUAAAGGUGUACUUACUUUUAUAUUCAUUAGAGGAAAGAUAUUAAAUUCAAAUUUCAUAACUAAAAAUUUUUAAUGACUGCCAUCUCUACAGCCAUAGUCAUUUUAGUUAUGCAUAAUUUAACUUUUUACUAUCUAUAAAGGAGAAAAUAGUUAUUUUCCUAUGGAAACAGUGAGUGGUAUAUAGGGAGUGUUAUAAACAGUGUUCUCUGAAGAGCUAUGAGAGUCAAAAUAAAGAAAAUUUCAAAGAAAACAAUAAAAGCUUUCUUUAAAAAAAUCUUUUUAGUGUAGUAUCUUAGGACAAAUUAUAAACAGAAUUAUUUCUAUUGAUUAAUCCUGAUUUAAUCCUUGACUGUGUAAAAUCAUAUCAGUAGAAAAACAUACUGAUAUGCCUGUGAAUGGAUGAAUUUCAUUGAAAUCUUAUCUUUGGUGACCAACUUUACGAGUCUAACUUCUCAUGUGUGGCUUUGGACUCACAAAGUUUCACAUCUAAUUCAAUUCUAAGAAUCAUUUACAUUUUGUUGGGGUAAAGUCACUUCUGUGUACAGCAUGUUAUCUUAUAUCUGGUAGAAUGUUGUGCUGGUCAUCCAAAGAAGUGGAUUUGAAUCUAAAUUUGGCCUUUGUCAGUUGUCUAACUGACCUUGGACGGUUACUGUCCAUGACCUUCCUUUUUUUCUCAUACUGAGAAACUUAAACCAGAGUUCUAUCAUGUCUUGGUUUUAAAAUUCUGAAUUCUUACAUACAGUCACUAAAAUUUUUUAAAAACCCAAAUAUUAAGGAAAUGCACUUAGUAUGAGGUUAAAUUUAUUUUUUUUCUGUUUUUGAUUCCUCUGUUCCUUCAUAUAACAAUACAAUCAUGAAACAGUAGGGAAAAAAGUUACCAGUUGGUAACUGCUGUUCCACUUUAAUUGAACAAACGGCCAAUGACAGUGCAAAAGAGAAAACAAGCCAUAUUGCUAAGAAAAUAACAAGCUGCUUAAAAAGCACUUGUGUGUGUUAAGAAUACUCUGCUAGAGAAGCUACUUUGCUUAUUUUCCUGGCUUUUACUAAUCAGAUGGAAUUGGCUACUGAGCUCAGAAUUAUUGCCUUUUGGUGCCACCCCAAACCAGUUCUCUUUAUUGAAGGGACAGUGUAGCCAAGAUGUCACUAUUUUACAAAUGUCUGCAUAAAUCUAAAAGUGGUUUAUAUUUGCCGUUUUUAAGUAGUUUCUUAUUCUUAUUACUCUGAAGACUAAAAUCCAAAGCCAGAUUCCCAGGAAAGUAUAUUUUAAGAAUUCUAGGUGACCAAAGCUAAAUAAAGGUCAAUAUAAAAAAUAAAUUCAAGUACUCCAUUGUAAAUUUAAGGUAGAAAAGUAUGUUCAACAGAACUGCUGUUAGCUUUAAAUGUGAGAAAUGUUAAUUUAGAAGUUUGGAGCCAUCUCUUGAAACAAAGUCAAAACUCUUCAGAAGUAAAGACAAACUUGGAGUGGGAGAGUCCUCAAAAGACUAUUAGCUAAGAAAGUAUGUGAAUGAGAGCAGUGAAUAUCUCCUCCUUUCCCCUGGUAAGGCGCUUAAAAGUACUGGAAAUUGUAGUCUUUUGUUACAGAACUAGAUGUCAUAUGUUAUUUUUAAUGUGGCCAAAAGACUAAAGCAUGAUUAGGGUUUUAGAAUUUGGAGCUGUAGUUACGUAGAGGCAUCUUUUGCAUUUUUAAACCAGACAUCCACAUUUUCUCUUGGCAAUGGAGAAAUUGUCAAAUGUGCUGUGCAUAGCAUUUACAGUCAAAAAACAAAGUUUUAAAAGAAUGGAAAUGUUUUCCUGCACCACCUGUAAAAUUUUAAUUAAAAAAUUACCUCAUUUUUCAGUCCAUGAGGUACUUUGCUCAAGUUGGGGGAUGUUGCACCGUCCCAUAAAUACCCCUUCCCCAGACUGUGUUUCAGAUGUGCAAAAUUUAUAACGAAGGUAUAGCAUUCCUGGGAGGUGGUUUUUGUUUUUGUUUUUAUUCUUGUUUACCACCAGCGGGGCUAACAUGGUAUAGACAUAGAUCAGAUUCGCAUAUGGUUUUCAUUAAAGCACAUUGGCAAAUUCUCAGUCAAUAUUUAAUUAGUUUAAUUAAGUAAAAGGAAAAAUCCUUAAAUUUGAUUGACACUUUUAUACUGUGAAUAUAUUUCCAUCAGUGUUGGUAAGAUAUCAAAUGACUCUCAGUUGAUCUUGGCUAUAUGAUUUCCUUGCAUGUUUUAGCCCUGUUCAUAUGAGACUCUAAUGAUUUUAAUCUUCCUACAUUUUCCCUCAGGAAAUUCAGGGACUCUGAAGCCCCUAUUUUAUUCUCUUGGAGUAAACUGUUCAGUGUAGUUAUGAAAACUUUUUGAUUUCUAAAAAAUUAUAGCUGCUAUUCUGUUGAAAGUAUGAAAUAAAAUGAUGGUCAUGAUUUUUUCUCCAAUUACGGAAUAGUUAUAAAUUGUUUUCUGGUUCAUCUAUUCCACAGAGCAUAGUUUUAAAACAAUUUUUAAAAAGAACAAAAACUAUACAGCCUUGUUCUGGCAUUUAUUCUAAUCCGAGUGUAAUGAUUAUAAUCAUACAUGGCUCUCUUAACAUAAAUUGGUGCUCUUGAGCAUUAAAGAGGAAGUAGCAGGCCCCGCGUUCAGUAUAUAUUUCUUACCUCAGAAUGUAAAGCUACUUUCAUGUGUCUGCAUUCAUCUUUAUUUAAAUACAAAUUGUUAUUAUCCCUCCAGCUUCGGCCUUCCUGCAUAAGCUCUGUAACAGUAUCUGAAUCAGCCUAGUGGAAUAGAAGGUGGUAUUAAUAAGGUCAAAAUUAUGAAUUGGAGCUCUCUGUGGGUCCUUUGUUAUUGUACAGAGGGGGAAAACGUGUUUCACACCACAACCUGUGCUUCUGAACCCCAGUCAAGCAAUUGAAAUGUGUGCCAUUGGUCCAGUGUAACAAGUAUUAAUGAAAAAAAAAUGAAAAGCAAACGAACUACUUAGUGCAUUCACAUCAUCACUUUCCGAAAGUGGUUCAAAGCAUGUUUUUCUAAUGGUGGGGUUGUUUAAAAGACAUGUUUUAAAAUUUUUAAUACUUCAUUACUGUUAUGAAAUGCUUUUAUAUGUUGAGUUUAGGUUGCUGGUACUCAUGAUUUUUUUAUUUCUGCAAUUAUGUUAUAACGAGUUGCUUGCAUGCCUACUUACCCAAGUGAAAGGAUGCCGUUUGCUUUGGAAUGUUCAUCUUUUAGACAGAUUUUGGUUUGUUUGCAAUCACGGUGCAAUAUAGUGUAACAUUCAUUUGUUUUCAGUCAACGGUUUUAUUUUUGUCAUAAUAAAUAAUUACUUUUCCAAUA